GAUUGCAUGGAGGAAAUCCGUGUACUAUGGACUGCAAUAUCCAGUGGGCUCCAGUUCUUCGAGUCAAAUGGAUGUGUGACGAUUUCAGCCUUCAUUGUUAAAGAAAAAUAAUAUUCCCUUGGCUGUGGAGACAGCUUCAAAAUGUGACCCUAGCAGGCCCUAAAGGCUCAAAAAGCAGAAUGAAUGAAGGCAUGCUGGCACCCAGCCCCUUGCUCUAAUCACGGAAGAACCAUCCUUUCCCAAUCAAGCCAAAGGUGUAAUGGAUCCUGAGCGGCUCAUCCCAUGCCCCUAUAACAAAAACCACCAGAUCCGAGCCUCCAGGUUCCCCUACCACUUGGUCAAAUGUGAAGAGAAUAACAAGAAAAGAGCCAAAGAGCUGGCCACGUGCCCGUACAAUGCUCGCCACAGAGUCCCAAAGCAAGAGCUCCAACUGCACAUCUCCACCUGCACGGACAGGGUGCCAGAACUGUUCAGUGGGACAUCAAUGACUUUCUGUCCCAAGAAGGAAAAGAAAGAGAUGCCAGGAUCCUGGCAGUGUCCCCCCUGCCAAGAGGACUGGGAGGCAGAAGCAGAUGAGCCAGCUGCCACUUCUCCUUUUGUUCUUGGCUUCAAGGCAAAUUGCACCUUAAGCGCAAGUCAAAGUCUUGGUGAGACAGGCCAGGAUGGAAACCGGCAAAUGCAGGCCAGGAGCACCGCAGCAGCAUGGAUUCCAAAGGGUCACUCCUGGAGAAAUGGCUCUCUGUGAGGCUCUUGCUAUGGGAAGGUGCAGCCUGGAGAAGAGUUGAAGCUUUUAAACUUUUAAAAAUAUUUUUAAACUUGUAGAUUUCCCAAUGGCUGGGUUUCUUUUAGACAUGUUCUUAGUGUCUAGACUGA